CUGGGAAGGUAAGUUUUGAAAGGGCUUCAUUGGGUGUGGGUUGGUUGGAGGGAGGGGGGCUCCAACCGAAAGAAGAGGAAGGGGUACCAUUGGUUUUGACAGAGCUUAACUUCUUUGCUACCUAAGUUUGGUACUUCUGGGGUGAAGUGGCACCCAAAGGAGCCCAGGAGUGUGACAAAAAGUACCAUCGUUGGGGAUAUUUUGCAAUUUCUUCUGCCCUUCUGUCAGAAGAAGACAGAAGUUCAGCAGGACUUGCCUUGGAUUUUUCUUUUGCUUGUGACUUUGGGAGCUCAAUGCCCAAGAAAAGGAGUGCCCCCUUGCUGAGGAGGAUGUGCUUGGAGAAAGUGGCUCUAAACAUGAGGUACAUCUGGGCUGGAGAUUACAUUAUCAACCGCUUGGCCAGCUCCUUUGUCAAAGAACUGCUCCAGUUAAUGUGUGAAGAAGAUCUCCUGACCUCAAGUGUGCUGCACUCCCUCCUCUUGCCCCAGCUGUCUGAACUGGACUUGGGCAUCUGCCCAGAGUUGGUCACAGAGUCCAGUAUCCAAAUUACCACAGUGUGUUGCAAGAAUUUGUCUUCGCUGAAUCUCAGCGGCUGUAUCCAGAUCCCUGCAGAAGCUCUAAUUGACCUGGUGAAAAGUUUGCCACAUCUCACAAAACUAGACCUCUCAAAGACUCAGUGCAAUACAGAAGUAUUAUCAGCUUUGGGCUCCUGCUGUUGUGGGCUUCGUGAGCUUGACAUCUCUCUGUGUGAGGAGGUGACCCAGGAAUCACUGCUUCACCUUGUCUGUGAUCCUGCCACUGGUGCUCUCUGUUGCCAAGAAUUGCAAACCCUUCAGCUUUGUACCCUAAAGUCCACCACUAAUGAACAUGAGUUGGUUUGGGUCUUGGUCUUUGUGCUGCUCGCAUUGCCCAACCUGAAGUACCUGAUUCACGAUUCAGUGGUAGAUGCUGUGUGUCUGAUCUAUUACCAGCACUUGAGCAGUACCCGCAUAUUCCCUGGGUUUCCUUCUCUGGCAGAGUUAGCAAGAUUCAGGGUGCCUGACUAUAUGAAUGAGGGUGGUUCUAGCCUCUCACUAGCUCUCAAGGAAAUCUAUGCAGUGGAUGAGUACUCCUGGCCUAUGGCCUGUGCCGUGUGCCCCCAUUUGGAAGAAGUAUCAUUGUUCCUAAGAGACAGUCCUGAUUUGGGUCAAAGUUUCACGUCAUGGGGCUCUCUUGUUCAUCUCACUAUCAACUGCAAGGAAAGGAGGGACUUGAAGGAGCUUUGGCCUGUGACAAGAAACCUUGGGGGCCAGCUUCGUAUUCUUGCCAUUGAAGGAUUCUCCUUGGAUGAUGAGUUGUCUUUUUACACCCUGCUGAACGAUUGCCAGAAGCUUAAACAUCUGAGAGUUACUUUUUUUCCUCCAGUGCAAAGUGGUAAUAUCCGAAUGAAAAACAUUGAUGCCUUCAGCUCCAGCCUCCCUCCCCUCAAAUUCCCUCGGCUUUCUAGCCUUUACCUGAUGCAGGCUGACGUGGAGGACCCUUUGCCUGCAGAGCAUGGCUUGAUUUUGAAAACUAGCCUUACAUAUCUUCUUAAAAAUUCCCCAAACCUGCAGAGCUUGGAUCUGGUCUGCUUAACCAUCUCUCUGGAUGAAGUCUUUCAAAUGGUAUUGACAACCCCCAACAGUUCUCUCCUACAACUCCAAAAGCUUUACUUGAUACAAGAUGACGACAUAUCCAUGAACACUAUUGACCUUCUGCUGUCCUCCAAGAAUGAGUUGAAUUGCCUCAAGAUAGACACCUGCUCAAAAAUCUGUGAGACAGAUUUGGAGAAGGUCCUUCAGAAAGUAGUCAAGGAAAACCUUGAUCUGAAUGUUGUGUGGGAAUGAAAAUCCCUCUUUCAGUUUGUGGUGGCAGGUCCACCUCUGAGAAUCCCCUGCCUUCCUGGCAUGUCCAGGUCUUCUCUUAUAUUCCUAUCCCAGCAUUCCCAAUGCCUAGAAACCUUAAGUCUUGUUUUUAAAAAUGGUCUUCCUAGAUGAAGGUUUUCAGAAGGGUCUGGCAUCUUCUGGAACUGCCCUACUGCACUUUUGGAACCUCUUUGAACCAUUUGAAAGCGUUCAAGUUGGACAUGUGCCUAGAUAUCAAAGAGACGGAUUACAUGGAGGUCCUCCAAAGAGUAAGCAAGGAAGCCUUUUGUUUUUAUGUCCUCAGAACAAAAAACCCUCCCCUCCAGCCUAUAGUGGCAGGUCCACUUCUGCUGUGAUCAAAAUAGUGUUUCUUGUUUUAUAUUUUAAUAAAGUUGAGUUUACAUAAUGCA